UAUCAUUUGUACAGGAGAUUGGCAGAACGUUCCACAGGCCCAUAUUUGCGACUACGCACCAGUCGGUAACAGUUGGUCGCUGAGCCUUUCUUUAUUAGAUAUGCCUCCCAAAAAUAUGUACACUGCAAGACUGCUGGAUCUUUGCUAUCCCCGGUGCUCAAGACUUCGAGUCGCCGCAAUUAGAUCGUCUAUCUCGUCGCAACGUACUAUAUGCACAACAUCUACUGCUCUCUACCAGGAUUCCGCUCCCCACUCAGUGGUUCCCGUUCCCGCGACCCUCACAAACUGUCGCUAUGCUCAACGUCACCCGCGGACAGUUACUGCAUCCUCCUGUCCUUGUUUUCAGAUUCGCCGGGCUUCUUCCCAAUUAUCUCGAGUGAUCAUGCCCCGUCCCGGGACCACUGCUGAGACAUAUGUGGCGUAUGGAAUGACACAAAAGCUUUUCGAGGCCUGCUCUAGCCAGGCGGAUUACAGUAUACCACAGGCAUCUCAAAAGGGGGCACAAGUCCCUAAAACUGAAGCCGGUGAAGAUCUCGGGGUUGGGGAAGGGUGGUGGUAUGAAGACCUUGGCCUCAUACCUACCUUCUCAACUUGGUCUCAGAUUACAUUUUUACACAUGUACCUCUUGACUGUCCGCUUGCGAGUCUUACCGUCGUACGAGAGCUUUCAAACUUAUUCCCGACAUUUGAUUGACCACUUCUCGCAUAAUGCUGAGCACCGCAUGGACGUCCUACAUGGGUUCACCAGUCGUACAAUCCGGAACAAGUUUCUCAAGGACCUCUUCAUCCAGUGGAGAGGUGUUCUUGCGGCCUAUGAUGAGGGCCUUGUUAAAGGAGACGCUGUGCUAGGUGCCGCUAUCUGGAGAAAUUUAUGGAAAGCAAGCCAUACCGGACCAGAUGGGAAGGAGCUGGACUGGACGAAAAUAGCUCGGGUCGUCGCAUAUAUGCGGCGAGUAACUUCAGAGCUUUCUCAGGUGAGCGAGGCGGAUCUCAUCUUCCAACUAUGCCAGCGAACUGGCGAUAAACCCAGCAUUUUCGGAUACUCUGAAUUCGAUAAGAAAUUAGUCCAAGGCAAGCGAUAAUUGGCUGAAGACCUUCUUUGUAAUGACUUUUUUUCGCUUGCUUCUCUUCCUCUAUUGUUUUAAUUCAUCUCUACUGUCCGCAAUAGUAAACU